AUGGAUUAUGAUAACUAUGGAGACGGCGGCUUCAACGCUGAUGCUCAGUACACGGAUUAUAAUAACUCUCAACGUCAGCAAACGAGAUCUUCCUUGAGCCCCGUGACCAUCAAAGAGAUCAACGAGGCUACCCAGCCUGUUCCUGAUGGCGAGUUCGUGAUUCACAACGUGUCUUUGAACAUGGUAUCGUUCAUUGGUGUCAUCAGAAAGGUUGAGAGCAGUAGCAGUGCUAUUACUAUCACUGUUGAGGACGGUACUGGCUCCAUGGAUGUGAAGAGAUGGAUUGAUGAGAAGAUAGCCACUCCAGCAGAGGAGGCUGAGAAAUUCUCUGCUUUGGAAAAUAAGUACGUGUACAUCACCGGUGCUUUAAAAGAAUUCAAUUCUAAAAAGAGUAUCCAGCAUGCUACAAUUCGUGAAAUCGUCGAUCACAACGAAGUCGCCUAUCAUAUGCUCUACGCUAUCUCCAACCACUUGGAGGCUCAGGGUAUCUUGAGCAAGGGUGGCGUCCAGAAGAAGGAAGAAAAUGGUCUUUUUGUUCAGGACAAUGACCACGGAGCGAACGGCGCUUCGGACGUUACCAAAAGAAUUGAGAAAGUUAUCGAUGACAACACCGGCUCCAUGCAAGAGGGUGUUCCGAUUUCUUGGAUCAGUGACACUUUGGGCGUUCCAAUCGAUGUGGUGAGAGAGAAAUGCCAGCAUUUGUCUGAACAAGGAAAGAUCUACCAGGGAUAUGACGAGGGUUCAUUUUUGAGUGUAUAA